UCCAAAGAAAGUGAAAGUUGUUGUUGAUCAUCAUUGCGACAGAUUUCUAUUGACACUGGUUGAUUUAUCGAGGCCGAGGUCUGCAGGUCUGAAUUCAUAGGCGUCCGACUAAUUUCCAUUCUCAACUUAAGCUGUGUUCUAGGAUUCAAAGUAUGGCUGAUAUCAAGGAACUGCAAGAAGCGUUGCUGAAAAAGGAUGAAGAAAUCAGGCUAUUGAAACAGAAAGUAGAAGAAGCAAAUGCACAGUUGAGAGUUGUGACCACAGCAAAUGCUGAUGUCGUCUCAAAACUUUUAGAGACAUCUUCAAAACUUUCAAAUGAUGACAUUAUGAGGUACAGUCGCCAGCUGAUUUUGCCUGACCUGGGAGUCAAAGGGCAGAUUGGUUUGAAGAAUUCGUCUGUGCUCAUAAUUGGAGCUGGAGGCUUGGGCUGUCCUGCUGCUAUAUAUCUGGCUGCUGCUGGGAUUGGCAGGCUGGGUGUUGUGGACUAUGAUGAGGUGGAGCUGAGUAAUCUGCAUCGACAGAUUUUACACACUGAAAGUCGAGUUGGACUGUCAAAGUCCCUCUCCAUUGCCAGAUCAUGUCACAGUUUGAACUCCAGUGUGGAGUAUGUGCCGUAUCAGCUACAGCUGGACAGUUCCAAUGCUCUUGAUAUCAUUAAAUGCUAUGACAUUGUCUUGGAUGCUACAGAUAAUGUGGCUACUCGCUACCUCCUCAACGAUGCCUGUGUGUUGGCAGGAAAACCUUUGGUCUCUGGCAGUGCCCUGCGUUUUGAGGGACAGCUGACUGUGUACAACUAUGAGGGCGGGCCCUGCUACAGAUGUCUAUACCCUAGGCCACCGCCCCCAGAGACUGUAACAAACUGUUCCGAGGGAGGUGUUGUCGGAGUUGUGCCAGGAAUUAUUGGCUCCAUACAGGCUCUGGAAGCUAUCAAGAUCGCCUCUGGACUUGGAUCUUCGUACAAGCAGAGACUAUUAUUGUUUGAUGCUUUGGACGGAACUUUCCGGACCCCUAAGCUGAGGCCCAGAAAUACAGACUGCCCAGUGUGUGGGGAUAAACCAUCCAUCCAACAGCUCAUCGACUAUGAACAGUUCUGUGGAGCUCGGGCCUCAGACAAGGAUAAAGAUCUUCAUGUCCUGGAGGAGAACUGUCGAAUCAGCCCAAAGGAAUAUGCUGAGAUGCUGAAAGGUGGAGAACCUCACAUUCUGCUCGAUGUGCGACCUGCAGUGGAGCUGGACAUCUGUCGACUUCCCCAACCUGCCUUAAACAUACCGUACUCCUCAUUUGGGAAGAGUGGGACUACCUGCCCAUCAGAUCUUUCACAGGCCAUGGAAAAAUAUGGUGAAGAUGAAAAAGUUCCUAUUGUUUGUGUGUGUCGCCGUGGUAAUGAUUCCCAGCUGGUUGUACGAGAACUGAAAGAGAAACUGGCUGGAAAGAAUGUGACUGUCAUGGAUAUAAAGAGAGGGCUCUAUGGUUGGCAGAAACAGGUGGACCAGAGUUUUCCUUUAUACUGAGCUCCGGAUUGUGUUAGACGUGAUUAUUUUAUUGAAAAGGGAGUGGAUGGAAAGAAAGGUUGCUGCUGGAACUGGAAAACCCUGCAGGAAUAAUGCUGAGGACAUUCCUGGAUGAAUGUACAUGUGUUGCGGUGCGGUGGAAUCAGUUGCUCAUCAAUUUUUGGGUAUGCGGAGCUGUUUGUUUCAUCUAAAAGUUUGUUCAUAUGUCUUGUUUUCAAUGAAGAAAAUACCCAUCUAUCUUGAAUAGAAGGCGUGAUAUCUGUGUCUGUGACUGAAGAAUGUGGAGCCGCCUGGUUUCAAAGGUAAAACUUGUGAGAAAAUGGCCACUAAAGUUUGGUGACUUGCAAAGCUAGAGAGUGCUUGGAGGCUGCAAAUUUGCGGGUUUUUUUGUGUCUUAGAUUUAAAAAAUUUCCAGAUAAAUAAACACAGAAAUGUGUUUUCCAUGGACAUCAAAGAUGUUUAGCCAAAAAUAAAUUUGUAAAAAAUUGCCAUACGACAGGAAAAUGCCGGUUCCUUUGAUUUCCUUAUUUUUGUGAGCACCUGAUUUCACCUCAAUGCCUGACAUAUAUUGCUAGAAAUAUUAUACAAAUGAAAUAA